AUGGCGUUCACUCUGUACACUCUGCUCCAGACCGCUCUGCUCUGCACGAACGCUGUGGCGGUUCUUCACGAAGAGAGGUUCCUCAGCAAGAUCGGCUGGGGAGUGGAGCAGGGAGUCGGAGGCUUCGGAGAUGAUCCAGGAGUGAAAGCUCAAAUCCUGAAUCUGAUCCGCUCUGUUCGGACAGUCAUGAGAGUGCCGUUGAUUAUCGUGAAUUCGGUUUCCAUCGUCCUGUUGCUGCUGUUCGCCGUAUCGCUUGAGCUUAGAAACCCACAUAGAACUGGAUCUUUCUGGUCAUGUCGGGCCGUCCCCGGAGCUCAGGACGCUCUCAGAAAGUUACGGCAAGCAUCAGUCGCCAUCAAGUUUGUGACCAACACGACGAAAGAGAGUAAGAGGAACCUGCUGGAGAGACUGCAGCGCCUCCACUUUGAGCUGCAGGAAAAGGAGGUGUUCACUUCGCUCACAGCAGCGAGGAGUGUCCUGGAGCAGAGGCAGCUCCGGCCUCUGCUGCUGCUGGAGGAGAGCGCACUGGAGGAUUUCACCGGGAUAGAUACGUCUGAGCCCAAUGCUGUUGUUAUCGGACUGGCCCCGGAUUGUUUUAACUAUGAGACGAUGAACAAGGCCUUCAGGAUGAUUUUAGACGGAGCUCCCCUCAUUGCCGUCCACAAAGCCCGUUACUAUAAGCGCAAAGAUGGUUUAGCGCUGGGUCCCGGGCCUUUUGUGACCGGCCUGGAGUACGCCACCGACUGCAAAGCGACCGUCGUGGGGAAGCCAGAAGAAACGUUUUUUAAUCAGGCUCUUUCUGAUCUGGGCUGCAGUGCCAGUGAGGCUGUCAUGAUUGGAGACGACGCCAGAGAUGAUGUUGGUGGAGCUCAGAAUGCAGGAAUGUUGGGUAUUCUUGUUAAAACCGGCAAAUACAGAGACGGAGACGAACUCAAGAUCAGCCCCCCGCCACACCUGACCUGUGGCAGUUUUCCAGACGCAGUAGAACACAUCCUGAACCAGCUGCUCUGA